AUGUAUUCACACGUCAAAGCCCCAGGCAGUUCCGUCACAAUUCCCCACUGUACCUCGCAGGAUCUGCCGAUCGUCGAUCGCGUUAUUGAGCCUCAAACCAUUGCAAAUUUUCUAUCAUGGUUGUUUACUCAGGGCCACGAUGCGAAGGAAUUGUUCCCAUUUCUCCAGGAACCUUUUCCCCCCGGGUCUAACGAGGAAUCUAUCAUCGGUCGCGUUAUGGCCCGAAUUGGCUCCAAUGCAGACGGGAAUCGUCUCUGCCUGGUCGGCAAGAAUAUUCAAUUCCUAAAAGCCCGGCUGUGGGAGGGUAUUAUUCCCUUGAGCGAGCAGCGCUGGCAGGAGAAGGGCCUUGAUCGCCCAGAGUACUUUGAUUUGGCGUGUCAACAUUUAACAGCUGUGGUUGCGGUGUUUGAGUACAUGAACGCAUCGGCAGUCCGUGUGUAUCUUCGCGACACUUUCAACUUCAUUUAUGAUCAUUGGGCAGAUGCUGAUACUGUGCUCAAUCAGCGCAGGGCUGAAAAGGGCAAAGAACGUAUUAGCCUCGCUAGUCUCUGGACCGAGUAUAUCGCUGCUCACUUUGAAAUGAUGACCGAGCGUGCCCAUAGGUGGGUAAUUUUACACGUCAAGGCUCUCCGGGCCCCUAUGCUACGAAAGCUUGCUCAGCACAAACCUCUCAUUGAAGGAUCUGGCAUCCCGGAUGCAACGCAAUGGAUGCUUACUGAUCGGUUGCACAUGGUGACGGAAAUUGCUGCGCAUGCAGACUGGAAUAUCAUGCUACCGAUGCAGGGCUACAAGGGCUACACACCGCCACAACGAGACGGGCCGGCAGAGUUGCAUGUGGCAGACUGUGGUAAGCGAGGAAAAGCAUACAGUGAGCGUUUAAGGCUCCUUACCCGACAAGUGAUAGCUCGUGAUAUCACCUGCAACCGAGGGAGUACGGAAUAUGAUAGGGGCUCUGGUGCAUCUUUUCGGCGGACUGGGAUUUACCAAAUUAAGGCUCAGAACCAGACGAGAGAGGAGAUGCGCGGUGCACCGAUUGAGCCCAUGCCGCGGGAGCCUUGGAUUACUUCCUGUAUGAAGAAUAUAGAGUCUGCAACGAAAAAAGUGGGAGGGUAUUCUAUGGCGAUUUAUCGUUUGACUUAUGGACAAAGCGAAUCUGAAUGGAAGGCAUUUAUCGAAAAGCUUGAGGCACAUAUCUCCGACUGGGGCAAGGGUCAAACGGGAAGCAGUGCUCUCAAGCCAUAUCUGAAGCUGCAGUGGCUGGACGGGAAGGAUUUGGGUAUAUCUGAAGGUGAUAUUGAUGCAACCAAGAGACACUUUAACAAAAUGGUGGGAAGCGACGAGCGCCUAGAUCAUUUCCAGCUGCAGACAAGAGCGUUUCUUGUUAUUGAUUCCGCCUCUUUCGCCUCCUACACCGACGAGACAUAUGGACCCGCAACAUCUAAUGUAAUGGCGGGUGACUUUACUGGCUUUGUUCUCGCUGUCGAUCCGGAGUUUGAUCUUGAGGAGGGCAUCGAGCGACCGGACGAGAGUCCCGGAUUCAAUGGCCAAAUGCGCAUCCUCGGAAGCCUGGUCUGGGGUGACAUCUUCUCUCUUUUUUCGUGUCAGGCGGCAGAGCUUUCUGACUUCUGGCCAUUGGCAAUUGAACAUCCACAUCAAGUGUAUGUCGGCCCAACAAUUCCGUGGCAGCUGUUUCUCUGGAGGAAGCAGACUGAGAUGCGCUGGACUAUUAUACGCGAGUUGAUUAAAUAUACGAAGCGCAGAUUGGAGGCUUUAGCGACCGGCACGCCAGUCACACCUGCAACGGCACCUGCUUAG